AUGGCGACCUUGGUAGGCGCUGACGGCCGUCUGGCUGCCAGCAACGACAUGCCUGGCCUCGCGCACCACCUGAAUGGCACUGCUCCUCAGGCCGCCGACGGUUUGCUGUCGAGCUACAUGCCGGCCUGGAGUGGCCUCCAAAUCUCCGUUACGAUUCUGCUCGUGUUGAUGACAUAUGAUCAAGUCGCCUACCUUGUCCGCAAGGGACCCAUCGCCGGUCCCAGGUUCAAGAUCCCGUUCAUGGGCCCCUUCAUACAAGCCCUCUACCCAAAGUUUGACGCGUACCUCGCCCAGUUUGCCAGCGGGCCGCUCAGCUGCGUCUCCGUCUUUCACAAGUUCGUCGUCUUGGCGUCGGACCGAGACAUUGCGCACAAGGUGUUCAAGUCCCCCAACUUUGCGCGCCCCUGCCUGGUGCCCAUCGCCAUCGACAUCAUGCGCCCGACGUCGUGGGUGUUCCUCACCGGCAAGGCGCACGCCGAGUUCCGCCGCGGCCUGACGGGGCUCUUCACGAACCGCGCGCUCGCCACCUACCUGCCCGUGCAGGAGAGGGUCUACGGCGACUACUUUGACAAGUUUGUCGAGGCGAGCCGGGCCGCCGGCGGGAGGCCCAUCAAGUUCAUGGGCCACUUCCGGGAGAUCAACUGCGCGCUCUCGUGCCGCACCUUUUUCGGCGACUACAUCUCGCAGCGGGCGGUCAAGAGGAUCGCCGACGACUUUUACCUCGUUACCGCGGCGCUGGAGCUCGUCAACAUCCCCUUCUCCAUGUACGUGCCGUUUACCAAGUGCUGGUGGGGGAAGCGCAUCGCCGACGCCGUGCUGGAUGAGUUUACGCGGUGCGCCGCCGCGUGCAAGGCCAACAUGGCGUCCGGGGCGAAGCCCAUGUGCAUCGUCGACCAGUGGGUGUCGCACAUGAUGGAGUCCAAGGCGUACAACGAGAGGAUCGCCGCCGGGGAGGAGGUGGACCCGGGGGAGAAGCCCAGCAACCUCAUCCGCGAGUUCAGCAACGAGGAGAUUGGCCAGACCAUCUUUACGUUUCUCUUCGCGUCGCAGGACGCGUCCAGCAGCGCCACGACCUGGCUCUUCCAGAUCCUCGCCCAGCGGCCCGACGUGCUGGACCGCGUGCGGGACGAGAACCUGGCGGCGCGCGGCGGCGACAGGAGGCGGGCGUUUGAGCUGGACAUGCUGGAGUCGAUGCCCUACACCAACGCCGUGGUCAAGGAGCUGCUGCGCUACCGCCCGCCCGUCAUCUUCGUGCCGUACCUGGCGACGAGGCCCUUCCCCGUCACGCCCGACUACACGGUGCCCCGGGGGUCCAUGGUGGUGCCGUCGUGCUGGCCGGCGCUGCACGACCCCCAGGCGUACCCGAACCCGGACGUCUUCGACCCGGAGCGCUGGAUCACGGGCGACGCCGAGUCCAAGACGCGCAACUGGCUCGUCUUUGGCGCGGGGCCGCACGACUGCCUCGCCCGCAGGUACGUGCCGCUGACGAUGGCGGCCAUGAUUGGCAAGGCGGCCCUGGAGCUGGACUGGGUGCACCACGCGACGGACCGGUCCGACGAGAUUAAGGUGUUUGCGACUCUGUUUCCCAUGGACGAAUGCCCCCUUGUCUUUACGAAGCGGCCAUAG